AUUGUGGGUGGUGGGGAAGAGAAGGUUUUGCUUUUGGCUAGGUCGGGGGUAAAGGGCGAUCGGAGGACUAAAUGGCUUAGCCCUCGCCUGGAAACCCAGGACAUGUGGAAAUUGAGAUACGGGAAAAAUUGGCGGGUGGGGUGGAAGGAGUUAUUUUUUCGAUCCGGCCAAAUACACAAGCAAACGUUUUAAAACGAAGGAAAAGCAGCAAAGCAAGAAACAUUUUACGAAAGGUGGAAGCACUGGGUAGAAAUCUUGGACCCCUUAGUCAUAUUUACACGUGAGGCGGACAUUAAUGCAUCGAGAGAUCUUUUACUGAAUAGUGGAGAAAAUGUAAUGUCUUCACAAGAUGAAAAGAUCAGAGAUGCCUGGAAAAUAAGUUUGAGCUGCGUGAAUUCCAGCACUGGUGAUACAAUUCCAUUCUUCUUUAGAGGAGGAGGUUUUGUGUUUAUUUCUGCUUCCUUGGCUGCAAUUGCUUCCUUACCAUACAGAACAUUUUUGUCAUCGUUUUGCCGGCAGUUUGUUUUUCAAACAUAUAUUGGUGGAUUCAGUUUGGCAAACAGAAAUUCUAUAAAAAGACCAUUGGAGAAUGAUGAAAAAAAGGAAUUUUCGUGGAAACAGGCAUGUCUCGCUGUUGGGAGCACCCCAGCUUUGGCUCUAAUAGGAACUCUCCCACACUAUUUUAUAGAGCGUAAAAAGUCACUAAAUACUCCAGGGCAUUUCUUCAGCAAGUUCAUGGCAAGUGCUCUUUUUGGUGUUCUCUGUGCAUGCAAUGUGUUCACAGUCAGAAACUUUGAACGUGAGAGUGGAAUUAAGGUCAUGCGUAGCACGGGUGAAGUUAUUGGAAUGUCUCAAGUGGCAGGCAAAAAAGCUGUAAGAGAAACAGCAUUAUCCCGAGGUAUACUCUUCGGCGUGCCCGUGGUUAUUUCUGAAACUUCUGUGUAUCUCAUAAAUCGCAGAAGACUUUUCCCACAAAAGUCAAUGUUUUUGAGAGGGUUUCUGGUAUAUUUUUUCUGUUGGUUAAUACUGCCCGUCUCACUGAGUUGGACUCCACAAUUAAGAGAGAUAAAGCGAAAUGAGCUUGAGCCUGAUCUGGUCUCUUCCACUAAAGAAACAACUUUUUUUUUUUAUAGGGGAGUUUAAUAAUGGGACACCUGGGUGGUUUUCUAGGAGUGCCAUUCUUCUAAUGAUGAAGCUGGCUUUUAUGCAUAAAAGAGGAAUUCUGGUAGUAAGGUGAAAGUUGGUCUGAAAUAUUUUGAAUCAACUGUAAUAAAAAACUGAACCUAAUUGGAAGUGAAUGGGGAAUAAUCAUGUUCUUAUUAAUACUUCUCUGUACAGAAAGGAUUUGGUUUUGUGAUCAACUUAUGUCCCAAUAAUAAAAAGGCCGUUAUUCAAGAAACAGACCUCUUAUCUAGAAAUGCAAAAUUGCAUUGCAAUUUGACUACUAUAGCUUUUUUUUUUUAAUGGAAGGAGAACUUAUGCAAUAAAAUGAGAUGUUGGAUUGGAGCAGAGGGCACUCACAUUCAAGGCCAUUUUCAGCCAUGGAAAAUAACUGUGAUUUUCUAUUCCUACUCUUUCUUUCAGCCCAACAUAUUCCUUUUGGAAAAAGAAGUAUUGCGUAUAUUGCUCAGGGCUUCUGGAGAAGAGACAGGAACUAAAAUCAAAUUAAUUAUAUACUGUAGAAUAAACUCUGCCCUGGUCUAUAUUCUUGCUCUUCUAAUCUGCUAACCCUUAAUUUAACUGAUGACUUAGUCCUUAUUACAGUCCAUAGCCUAUUUCCCAGGAUUGCUGUAAGUCUGGGGUACAGCCCUGUCUUUCCUGGGAGUUCCCAAUGCCAGGACCUAUUUAAGGUGAAUGUUAGCUAAGUGCUGCUACUUGUUAUGACAUAGAACAAGGCUGUCAAACUCAUGGCCGACGGGCCGGAUGCAUCAUGUGCUGGCCGUGCCCGCUCCCAGUUUAGUGAAGAGAAAAAAAGUUGUGGUACAUCAUGUGAUGUCACUGUGAUGAUGCAAGUUUGACACCUCUGACAUAGAAACACAGUUCUUUACAAAGAAGUCCCUUUCUUGUAUACCCAAAACUGGAGCCAAUUAUUAAAUGCAUAAAUUAAUCUUUUUUUUUUUUUUAAAGAAUUUCUUUACUUUUCUUUUACUUUUAUGGGCUUGAUUACAAAGCCUUCUCCAUCUUUCUAAGAGCUACCAAGUUGCCAGACUUUUUGUGUGUGUUUCUUAUAGUUAACUGUAAAAAAAUACAAGGAUGUAUUGAUUUUAAAUGCUGAUUGAUAAGGGAAAUAUUCCAUAUUUCAUCCACACGUUGACGAUGAAGAUAAUACUAUCAUGGAAAAAAAUAGUCAUAUAAAAUUACGUUGCUUUAAAAAAUUUAAAAUCAUAUAUUUUUGUACAAAAGUGAAUGGCACAUUCCUGAAAAUAGGAGGAGCCCUGGUCAUAUUCAUAUCCUAAUUUAGAUUUUUUUUUUAUCAUAAUUGCACAUUCUCCUGUAUUACAUAUAUGCAACUCAUAAAUCAAAAGCAAGAUUCUCAAUAUUGCUAGUAUACAUAAUUGAUCAUAGUUAAACAGUGCUUCAUAAAAUAUUAGUAGAAAUAAGUGUGUUUAAUUUAAAAAAGUCUACAAUCAUAUGCAAGGGUAUAUAUUUGUGAAAGCAAGAAUCAUAAAUGUCAAUUUAAAAGCAAAUUUACUGUAUAGGCUCCACUGUUAAGAUUUUUUAGUUUUAUUUUUAUUUUUUUACAAACCUCUUAGUAUUAUAAUAGUUAGUUUUGAAUUAAGCUAAACCUCACAAAAAUGUGUAUAUAUAAUGUCCAUGGCUAUUGAAGGGAAAG